AUGAUCGCUCAACUGACGGUUUUGGCUGUCGCCGUGGCAGUGCUGAUAAAUCCCGGCCAGGCAGGAAACGCCCCGGCUGGUUACUCCAGCAACGUGUAUCACGGCCAGCAGCAGUACAAUCAGCCACAAGCUGGAUCCGCGGGCCAGGCGGAGGCCACCUCGUACUCGCAGCAAUCGAUUUACUCGCCCCAGCAGUACGAGCAACAAGCUCAGCCUCAGCAGCAGCAAUACAGAGUGGCACCGGAGUACGAGCAACGUCAGGAGCGACAGCAGCAAUACAUCCGUCAGUACUCCGCUCCGGAGUACCAGCAACAGGCGCAGCAAUACUCCCAGGCUGCCGCCCAGUACCAGCAAGACCAGCAGCAAGCUCAGCAGUACUCUCAGGCUGCCGCGGCCCAGUACCAGCAGGAGCAGCAGCAACAACCGAUUCAGCCGCAAUACUCCGUUAACCCGGAAUACCAGCAACAGCAAUAUUCGCAGGCUGCUGCAAGCCAAUACCAACAGGAUCCGCAACAACUGCAGCAAUACACCAAUCCGGAUUACCAGCAACAGCUGAGACAACAGCAAGCCCAGCAGCAGUACUCGAAUGCGCUGCAGUAUCAGCAGCAGCAGCAGCAGGCCCAACAAGCCCAGCCACAAGAGUACUCGCAGGCUGCGGCAGGACAAUACGCGAGGCAGCAGUUGGAGCAACAAUCGGCUGCCCAGCAGCAAUACGACGACCAGGCUCAGCUUCGACAGUCGGCGGCCCAGUACAGCGGACAGCAACAGCAGCAGCUCUCCAAGACGUCUUACUCGCCCGCCACUUCCGUGUCGCACGUAUCGUUCAGUCAACCCGCCGCGGGCAUCAAAUACUCCUAUUAA